AGAAGAUUAGCAUCGUUUUGUUCUCAUUUUGUUUUCCAAAAAUUAUUUUUCAGUUACUGGUUGUGCACUUUAUAAAACAGUUGGCUUGAAUUCUAAGUGGAAGGAUUCUUAAUUGGGUUUUUGUGGGAUGUAAAUCAAGGGGGAAAAUGCAUCCUCCAGAAGCCACCGCCAAGAUAUCUUCAGUUCGGUUCAUGGUGACACCAACAAAGAUUGAUGACAUUCCAGGUUUGUCAGACACAAGCCCGGACCUCAGCUCGCGAUCUAGUUCCCGAGUAAGAUUUAGCUCCCGAGAAAGUGUGCCAGAAACAAGCCGUAGUGAGCCUAUGAGUGAACUGUCUGGCGCCACUACUUCUCUGGCAACUGUGGCCCUAGAUCCUUCCAGUGACCGGAUUUCUAACCCCCAGGAUGUUACUGAGGACCCGAGUCAGAACUCCAUCACAGGGGAGCACAGCCAGCUGUUAGAUGAUGGACAUAAGAAAGCUCGAAAUGCUUAUCUCAACAAUUCCAACUAUGAAGAAGGAGAUGAGUAUUUUGAUAAAAAUCUGGCACUCUUUGAGGAAGAAAUGGACACCAGACCAAAGGUGUCAUCUCUCCUCAACCGCAUGGCCAACUAUACUAACCUGACACAGGGAGCAAAGGAGCAUGAAGAGGCGGAGAACAUCACUGAAGGGAAGAAGAAGCCUACCAAGAGCCCACAAAUGGGUACUUUUAUGGGUGUCUACCUCCCAUGUCUACAAAAUAUUUUUGGAGUGAUCCUCUUCCUGCGUCUUACCUGGGUAGUGGGCACAGCUGGAGUCCUUCAGGCCUUUGCGAUUGUUCUUAUCUGCUGCUGCUGUACAUUGUUGACUGCCAUCUCCAUGAGUGCCAUUGCCACUAAUGGAGUGGUGCCAGCUGGGGGCUCAUACUUCAUGAUUUCCCGGGCCCUGGGCCCAGAGUUUGGCGGGGCUGUUGGCCUCUGCUUUUAUCUGGGCACCACGUUUGCAGCAGCCAUGUAUAUUCUUGGUGCCAUUGAAAUUUUUCUGGUAUAUAUCGUCCCUCGAGCUGCCAUCUUCCGCAGUGAUGAUGCACUCAAGGAAUCAGCAGCCAUGCUAAAUAACAUGCGUGUCUAUGGCACAGCCUUCUUGGUCCUCAUGGUCUUGGUGGUAUUCAUUGGCGUACGCUAUGUGAAUAAGUUUGCCUCACUUUUCCUGGCCUGUGUAAUUGUGUCCAUUUUGGCUAUCUACGCUGGUGCCAUCAAGUCUUCCUUUGCUCCACCACACUUCCCGGUCUGCAUGCUGGGCAACCGCACCCUUUCAUCAAGACACCUUGACGUUUGCUCUAAGACCAAGGACAUUAACAACAUGACAGUGCCAUCAAAGCUAUGGGGAUUCUUCUGUAACUCAAGUCAGUUUUUUAAUGCCACCUGUGAUGAGUACUUUGUUCACAAUAAUGUCACCUCAAUCCAAGGCAUUCCUGGGCUGGCUAGUGGUAUCAUUACUGAAAACCUUUGGAGUAAUUAUUUACCAAAGGGUGAGAUCAUUGAAAAGCCAUCAGCCAAGUCAUCUGACGUCUUGGGCAACUUAAACCAUGAGUACGUCCUUGCUGAUAUCACCACCUCCUUCACUCUGCUGGUGGGGAUCUUCUUUCCUUCUGUCACAGGUAUCAUGGCUGGGUCAAACAGAUCUGGAGAUCUGAAAGAUGCUCAGAAGUCCAUUCCCAUUGGAACCAUCCUUGCCAUCCUGACCACAUCCUUUGUGUAUUUAAGCAAUGUUGUCCUUUUUGGCGCAUGUAUUGAAGGAGUUGUUCUCAGAGACAAAUUUGGGGAUGCCGUGAAAGGUAAUUUGGUUGUUGGCACCUUAUCUUGGCCAUCCCCAUGGGUGAUCGUUAUUGGCUCCUUCUUUUCAACGUGUGGGGCUGGACUUCAGAGCCUCACAGGUGCACCUAGGCUGCUCCAGGCUAUUGCCAAGGACAACAUCAUACCAUUCCUUAGGGUUUUUGGUCACAGCAAAGCCAAUGGGGAACCUACCUGGGCCUUACUUCUAACUGCUGCCAUAGCAGAGCUGGGAAUUCUCAUCGCCUCCCUGGAUCUCGUUGCCCCAAUUCUUUCAAUGUUUUUCCUCAUGUGUUACCUCUUUGUGAACUUGGCAUGUGCCUUGCAGACAUUACUCCGAACCCCCAACUGGAGGCCCCGAUUCCGCUACUAUCACUGGGCCCUCUCUUUCAUGGGAAUGAGCAUCUGUCUAGCUCUGAUGUUCAUUUCUUCCUGGUAUUAUGCCAUUGUAGCUAUGGUAAUUGCUGGCAUGAUCUACAAGUACAUUGAGUACCAAGGGGCUGAGAAGGAAUGGGGCGAUGGCAUCCGGGGGCUGUCCCUCAGUGCUGCUCGCUUUGCUUUGCUCCGCCUGGAGGAAGGACCUCCUCAUACUAAGAACUGGAGGCCUCAGCUGCUUGUAUUGCUGAAGCUGGAUGAAGACUUACACGUCAAGCAUCCUCGCCUCCUCACCUUUGCCUCCCAGCUCAAGGCAGGAAAGGGACUCACUAUUGUGGGCUCUGUCAUCGUGGGGAACUUCCUGGAGAACUAUGGGGAAGCUCUGGCCGCAGAGCAGACCAUUAAGCACCUAAUGGAGGCAGAAAAGGUAAAAGGAUUCUGCCAGCUGGUGGUGGCUGCCAAGCUGAAAGAGGGCAUUUCACACCUCAUCCAGUCCUGUGGCCUUGGAGGCAUGAAGCACAACACAGUGGUGAUGGGCUGGCCCAAUGGCUGGCGUCAGAGUGAAGAUGCUCGCGCUUGGAAGACUUUCAUUGGCACAGUUCGAGUGACAACUGCUGCCCAUCUAGCCCUGCUGGUGGCUAAAAAUGUCUCCUUCUUUCCCAGCAAUGUGGAGCCAUUUUCUGAGGGCAACAUUGAUGUGUGGUGGAUUGUGCAUGAUGGGGGCAUGCUCAUGCUGCUACCCUUCCUACUGAAACAGCACAAGGUAUGGAGAAAAUGCGGCAUAAGGAUCUUCACAGUGGCCCAACUCGAAGACAACAGUAUCCAGAUGAAGAAAGAUCUGGCCACCUUCCUGUACCAUCUGCGCAUUGAGGCAGAAGUGGAAGUGGUGGAGAUGCAUGACAGUGACAUAUCUGCCUAUACAUAUGAGCGCACCCUCAUGAUGGAGCAGAGGUCCCAGAUGCUCCGGCACAUGCGACUGUCUAAAACAGAACGAGACAGAGAGGCACAGCUGGUGAAAGAUCGAAACUCAAUGCUACGCUUAACUAGCAUUGGUUCUGAUGAGGAUGAAGAGACAGAAACUUACCAAGAGAAGGUACACAUGACAUGGACCAAGGAUAAGUACAUGGCAACCCGGGGGCAAAAGGUCAAGUCAAUAGAAGGAUUCCAGGACCUACUUAAUAUGCGUCCGGACCAGUCCAAUGUGAGACGUAUGCACACAGCAGUGAAGCUCAAUGAAGUCAUAGUUAACAAGUCCCAUGAAGCCAAACUGGUUUUGCUGAAUAUGCCAGGACCACCCCGGAACCCUGAAGGUGAUGAAAACUACAUGGAAUUCCUAGAAGUACUCACCGAGGGAUUAGAGAGAGUCCUCCUUGUCCGGGGUGGUGGCAGUGAAGUAAUCACCAUUUACUCCUAAUCAGCUUGUGGAAGAUUCUCCUUGGUCUUACCUUCACUAAGACUCAUCACCCAUGGAGAUGACAGCUCUUUCCUACCACUCCCACUCUACUCUUGCGGAGCUGAGCCCCAACUAUGCUCUUGGACAACAUGAUCUGCCAUCCCAGCAGAGGCAAAUAUUCCCUUACGAUCAGAACGGCCAAGUCCUAAAAGCUAUUUCUAUGGCAGGAGAAGGCAAGCCAAAAUUAACAAGCUAAGCCAAAGGGAACCUUUUGGCACUGCUGAAGGUAGUGAGUUAGUAAAACAUAUGGUAGAAACUAAACUAAAAACAAAAAAACAAGUUAAUAUCCAACAUUAAGGAUGAGUCUCAGAAGACAUGGUUCAAUGACGACCCUAGAGAGGUGACAGCCAGUCAGCCUCACCUUAGCAAAAAAUGAGCGGCCAAGUAAACGUUACCAUUGUUGGAGAUAGCCUGCGGCAAACAAAGUGAAAAUUUAGGAUACUAAUAUACAAAACCUGAAAAAUAGCUGCAGCUUCUACUUUUACUCAAAAAAUCAGAUCCCCCAGAUACUAAGUUUUACUGUCUGUGCUGUGCCACUGUAUAUUUCAACGGUGUUUCUUUUAAAACCCAUGCUGUGGUUGUAAUGCAGACAGUGUUACUAUGGAAAAAGGUUUUUGAAAGGUAAGAUGUUUUUCUGGUUUUCAAAUGGCUAGACAGGAUUCCAGAGAGUACUAUUAAAAUGUGCAGAAAUAGAGUCUGUGGUUAGCUCUGCGACACAAAGCACACAAUGUAUUAUCUUAAGAAUUGGAGGUUGUUAAGCAACUUAACCAGGAGGGUCUCUUCUUUUAUCCUUAGUAGGCACUGGUUUAAAACAAAAAAAAAAAAAAAAAAAAAAAAACAAAAAAAAAAAAAAAAAAAGCUUUAAGUAAGGGACAAGAGACAAUAGGAGUGUGUACUGUUACCUCCAAGGGCUCCUGGCUUUAGAGGGGUUCAGCAGUGGAACUGGGCAUGUGGGAGCCAUACCCUUUACACGGUGCCAAAAUUAUCUGUCUAAAGUGGCAGACAGGUUCGUAUUGGCCUGACAUAAGCAGCUUUUCUUUCACAAGAAAUCAAUCUGUGGCCUCUUCACCAAAGCCAUAGUGGAGACUUGAGGCACUCGCCUCCAUGCCCAAAGCUGAGCUAGCCCCCUUGCAAUGUUAUUCUUCACUCGGACUCCAGAAACUUGGCUCUGAACCAAGUGGUUCCCUAAGCCAAUGAUCUGCUCUGUCAGUUUUGUUUCCAGAAAUCUCUAAAUGUGCCAAGGAAAUACUUGUGUAAGCUCAGCUUAUUUUUCUAAUUUAUCGAUCAUGAACACCCGGCUUACCAGCAUAGGAAGUUUUUGUGGCUAAGCAGUAAUUUCAAGUAUGUGAAACCUUCAUAUUCUUUACAAGAUAGUUAAGAGACUGUCUUCCUGCUUACAUACAUGACUGCUUUUAAAUUCCCCUUAUGGUAAAUUUGCCACAGUCCAUACCCUGGAGGAAUGGAACACCCAAAAUUCAUCCCGAGACAGAAGACCCUCAAAUAUGGCCUAAGAAGCUGAGUCAUGAGAUUUGUUCUUAACCCCCACACACACCCGCCCGCCACUCAAGGUAGCAUAGAGGAUGCAAAAUCUUUUCCUGCUCCUCCCAGCAGAGGGUAAAAAAUGUCUCCAGUUCCUUUCCAACACUCAGUUAUAUAGUUGAGUAUAGUCCCCUAGACUCCAAGGUAUUAAACACCCAUUCUGUAAAAACCAGCCUGCCCAGGAACUGCCUAACACAUCUACCCCGACCAAAGUGAUACCACCUUUUUAGCUAUCAAACAAAUAUGGACAGAGAAUAAAGUUAACUUUUAGAAAGGCUGUGGUUAGAGCUGUGUAAGAAUCUUUUAAAGGGUAAGAAAAUUAGUAGCUAUUAAUAUAGCUAUUACUUCAGUCCCUAAAGCAUAAAAUCACUGUUACAUGGAAAAAUGGUUAUUAGGCCAGAUUUAUACUCAUCUCUGUCUAGAGCAUUUCAUGUCUAUGUGUUGCUUAUGUUGUCUGUCUGCAAAGUGUCUUUAUCUCUUUUAAUCACUGCAAAUAAAGCAAUACUGAAAACUUGAGAGAAAAUGCACCUUAGGGGAAGGGGCCAAAUGUUUCUAGAGGGAAGAGAAAGACCUUCUCCUGCCUUCUUAGAAGACCCAGCUUGUGUGUCUUAUCUAUGCGUUAUCAGGCAGGCUGUAACAUUCAUUCUCCCCCAGCUGGCCCUCAGCCUU